AUUUUUCCGCCGCCAACAUUAGCGAGAUCAGUAAACAAAUGGUAAACAGCUGAUCACCAAAGCAAACCAUCUUCAACUUGGGCGAUGGGAACGAUAGAAUGGAACAGUUAAAAGACAAUUCAGCAAAAACCAGAAUUUCAUGCCGAAAAAUAAAAGUUACCAAAAGAAAUGAAUGCAGGGAACAGAAACAAAUACCGUAAUUCGUACAAAACUUCAAAAUUUGCAGUCUACUCUUUCUAGCCCAUGGCAUAGCAGUAUAAAUAAUUACUAAAUAAUUAAUCAUAAAAUAAUAUCGAAUAAAAGAAUAUUUAUUAAGCAGUAUUUAAGACAACAACUUCUUUUUUGCCAUAAACUGAAAAAGCAGUUACGAAUACCGUGGAAUAAUAAUGUGCGACGUUGAAACAGUAAGAAAAAUUGCGAAAUGUUUGGAGAUGCCUGCCGGUGAGCUUGAACUCAAUGAAGAACAGAUAGUAACACGAACAUGCGGUAAUAAAGUUGUGACUGGCUUUGCUAAUAUUUUGAAUGUAUUAGCUAAAGAAUCUAAUUCGGAUAUUGCUAAGAGUAGUUGCUGCAACCGUGAGGUUGAAGCACAAGUUUAUCAAUGGAUAGAAUUUGCUGUCUUGUACGUGUCUCCCGGCAGUAAAGAUAAACAUAUUGCUCAGCAGCUUUUAAGGGAUUUUAAUAGGUUACUUCUAAAUAAAUCAUAUCUAGUGGGACACUCUCUUACCAUAGGGGAUUUGGCUGUAUUUUAUGCCAUUUAUGAUUUAGUGGAAUCUUUAACGCCAAUUGACAAAGAAAACUACUUGAAUCUCUCUCGCUGGUUUAAUCAUUUGCAACAAAGACCGGAAAUUAGACAAGAUAAAAAAAUAUUAAAUUUCACUACCAUCUAUUUGCAUGGAUGGGCUACGGGCACACAUAUGUAAAACAUCAUACAACUUAUUUUAUAAUUUUCAUAGUCAGCAUCUCAGUGUCCACUUCUUUCUAUUAAUAAUAAUUAUAUAAAAAAACUAAAUAAACUUCGCUAAAGCGGAAGAAAUUAUAUAGAGAAAGUACUAAUAUUUUUUAUUUGUUUAUAAGUUUUUAUUGUUUGUUUUUUUUUUAAUUAGUUACGCAAAU